UCGACUUCGGGCUUGUCAGACAAACUCUCGUGGUAUAUAGCUUCCAGCUCUAUAUAAACGGGUCUACCCAGACUUAGGAACUCGUUCCUAUAUAUUUCCAACAGCUAUGUACGCCAUGUCACAGCACCAAUACACAUAUCCAGCUGCCUCGGCUCCGAGGCAGUACUCAGCACACGGGACAAGUAGCGCAUUCUCCAGCUCCGCCAACCCUGACGAGGACUGGACCAAGAUCUCGGAUCUCGCUGAACGCCGGAGGAUACAGAACCGAAUUGCUCAGCGCAACUACCGCAAGAAGUUGAAGAGGCGUCUGGAAGACCUCGAGAGGCGCGCAGGAACUUCGGACGACGCGUCCUCCCCCACCGGAAGUGACAAGCAGUCGCCGUCCAACACCCGGACUACCAAGAAGACGAGCUCUUCCAAAUCGCAGAAGUCUUCCUCGGCCCCUCAGAAGCCAGUACAACCCCCUCAGUUUACCCCGCCUAUGAACCACGACGAUGAGAUUCUGUUCGGCCACACAUAUGACGACCGAGAGCGGUCUCACUCGCCCUCGUUUAUGGGAUAUUCGGCGUAUCCCCCACCGGACGAGAUGACGGUCCUAGCUCCCUACAACGCGGCGCAACCGUACCACCACCCGAUAACUACCAGCGAGGGAUACCCUAACUAUAUGGCAUCUGCCGUCCCCUGUACCCUCCCCCCUAUGACGCACUUCAACGACGCCAUCAAGAGGGAAACGUAUCCCCCUGAGGAGUCCAUGUCGUAUGUGAACUACGGCUUCGUGCCUGGGUUGGAUGUCCACGCACAAAAUUCGUACGACCACUCGAACCCUCAUACCCCACCGCUUACACACUCGUACGACCACUCGGCGAACGGCUCUGAGUCCGGCUACGACUACCCAACUACGCCGCUCUCGAUGCCCGGGUCCCCCGGCCUGGGUCAUCAGCAGCGGUAAUAGCAAGCGAAAGAAGAAAGUGGGGACCACGAUAGAGAAGGGGUGAGGGAGAGUCCCGGAUGUGACGGGCAAACGGGCAUUGGCAUCGGGCGGACACAUACGAGGGCAGCAUGGAUUGGAUCACGCGAAUUGGGAACGGGUU